GGAGAGGGGAUUGGCUCUCGCUGGUUUUAGUGCAAAACUCGCUCUCUCUCUCCACCUGAUGUAGACAAAGUUUACGGAGUAUUAGUGGACGCGUGGCGUCGUGGUGUGCACGUCCCGACGCCGGGAAAGUUUUGCUGAAGAGCGAGUAAAGCGUGGGGUGGUUUGGCGGGUGGUGGAUGAAAGAGAGAGAGCUUGAGCUUUCGGCGCAGAGCGUAUCGUCGCCAGUAUCCGCUAAGCGGCCGUCAUGGCUGCAGCGAAUUCGCGAUUGGGGGUUGCGCGCGCAAUUUGAAAAGCGUGAUCUCUCCGAGGUAACGUGCGUGCGUAACCGGCAGAUCUCAUCUGCAGGAAGAGCGCAAUGUAGUUGACGCGAGUCGCGUGCGGCUUUAUUCUGCACCCAAAUUGCAGACAUUUGGAUAUACAUCAAGUUUUCUUUAGACGAUGAAUAGACUUUUUAUGCGUCAACGACAAACAUCAACGGAUGUUACAUUUUACAAUAAUAAAUAUGAAAAGGAAACGUUAGUUAUUCUUUCUUGAGGAAGAAGGAUAACGAGAGGAAGAGGAUGGCGUCGAAAAGAACGAGAAAGAACCAUUCCAUACAGCAUCUCCUCGAACUCCCAUCAAGCAGAGAAACGAGAGUACCGCCUUUUUCUUUUUCAAAAGAGUCUGCACAACUUCCGUCAGUUCCAGGUCCACGGCAGGUUCCGGUGACCGUAUUGCAUCCCACACCGAAAAAGCUUUAUCUGAGCAAAACGAGGCAAAUUUUACAAUCGGAAAAUUUGGAGUCGUCUUUAUCGAGAGGUGUGGGUCUCAACGCACGCAGGCAAGAGUCGUCUCACACGGGACGGGACUGUCCCCGUCAAACAAUGAAUAAGACGGAUGACCGAGGAAGAUCACCUGGAAGUUCGCGACGUCCUACACCGGUCGCAAUUACCACCUUGCCACCAAGUCCUGAAGAACCUGUUACACUUGUGGAACUCACCAGUGUACCAGGUGGUCAGAAUGCAAUGGCACAUCUUAAAAAACGAAAAUUGGAAGCAGAAUCAUCAAAAGGAAACAAGGUGCAACAAAUUACAACAGUGAAUUGUAAAAAACUCGGUGCACAAACAACGGUAAUACCACAAGAAAUGGAGACGGCCGAUGCGGCUGCAAAACGAAGAAGAAAAAGUGUUCGCGAUGAUGAUUUACGAAAACCAUCUGACAGCGAGACGACGACAACAACAAAAACAAUUCCACUACCACAACGAAAGAGAGCAUUUACAACAGGAAAUUCGGGUAGUCCUGCCAGAAAGUCAAGUAAAAAUUGCGAAGAACCGGAAGACGACGAGACACUGAUAAGAGAAACGGAAGCGGCAUUGAAAAGCCUCUCCGGAAGUUGGCCUGGUCCCAGAGGCUCUUUGUAUCAGAGAGGAAACUCAGACGAGGAUAGGUACGAGUCAAAUUUUGAAAAUCUAUUCGAAGAGAAAAAGGACAAUCCAAAACUCUCGCCCUCAUCAAUGUCAACAUCAUCAACAACAAGUAACGAGACAGGUUAUUCACUCAAGGACGUCAUUUCUCUACGCUGUCAGGAUCGAACAAUCAGAACCCAACAGCAGAUCAAAUACGAUCAAUCGAAACAAUAUUGUAAUAAAACGAAAAAAGAUCUCGACAGUGAUAGUCAGGAUAUUCUAAAAGGAAGAAAUUCUUUAAACGGAAGAAUCAAGAAUGAGAAGGGAAGUGAUAAGUACUCGAGGUACGAACCUCCGGAUUUUAACGAACUAGUCGACGAAUCGUCGAACGAACUUGAGAUUGACAUGUCCGACCCUGCGGUUGACAAAGAGGAUGGCGAAAGGGACAAAGAAGAUCGUAUCUGUAAAAACGGACCUUCGCCGAAUUCUCUCAAACAUCAUCAAAUGAUGUACAAUUACCAGCGGCAAUAUUCCGACUCUGGCAUCAAAGUCGCUUCGUCAGUGACAUCAACAGCCUCGCCUGCACCCACGGUCGGUUCGCCAUUCUCAGCCACCUCCGCAUUCAAACCGCCGAAUACUGACCACCACUCGAAGGCCAAUUGUCGGGGAACAUCAACGAUUGGCGCCACAAUACCCCCAAUGGGACCAUAUCCAGCAGCGGCCACCUUCGUCGGCUAUCCCUCACCUGGACCCGUGAUGCCAACCCCCCUACCCAUCGCCGAAGAGAAAACCGUCUCACUCCUUCAAUUAAAAUCCCCAAAAGAAGAAGUCCACUCUAUCGAAGUCUCACCACCAAAUGUCAUACCGAAUAAAACACCCACCACCGGACUAUCAUCAGUGGGAAGUCCGGAUGCGAAUUCAAAGCAGUACACAAUUCUUCAGCCCGCUGGUGUCGGUUCAAGAGCCGCUAGCGCAAUUCAGGAUAUAGCCAGAGAAGGUGUUGUCAGCGUUUCCGCAGUGAGCAGCAGUAAUGCCACUGCGGCGGUUGGUAAUAAUUCGAGUGGUGGCAACACUUCCGGUGGUGGUGGUAAUAAUAACAACAACAACAACAAUAACAAGAGUUCGAGUAACAGUUCCAGUGGUAGUACAACGAACAACUCGACUUCAAAUGCUAACAGCAAUUCGGCGAGUAACAGCGGGAAUAGUAAUAGUAUCGCUAUCACUAGUAUCAGUAACACUAAUACGACAAGUAGUUCUUCGAGCGUCGCUGGUGAUGUUUCGACGACAACUCCACAGCAAGAGACGGUGAUGAAGAUCUCGGAAAGGAUCACUAACUAUGAGAGUAAUCGACCCGCUAUGUCCAUGUCACCGACCAGUAUAGGCAGAGAGGGCAACAAGUGCCCGACCCCUGGUUGCACUGGGCAGGGUCACGUGACCGGACUCUAUUCGCACCACCGCAGCCUUUCCGGUUGUCCACGCAAAGAUAAACUGACUCCAGAGAUUCUGGCGAUGCAUGAGACUAUUUUGAAAUGCCCAACGCCUGGUUGCAACGGUCGCGGUCACGUCAGCUCCAAUCGGAACACUCACAGAAGUCUAUCAGGAUGUCCAACAGCUGCGGCCAAUAAGCAAGCCGCUCGUGAGGCUCGACACAAGGCACAAGUGUCUGGUAUCCCUCCGGAAUACAUCAGUACGAAUCUCUUACCACCAUCAAUGGAUGGAAAAAUAUACUCUCAAUAUAAUUCAGCAUCUCAGGAUACAAAACCAGUUGUUGGUUCUCCAACCUACGACUAUUAUUCGUCAACGAAAUCUGUUGGCAUCAGUAUAAAACCCCCAAAAUCACCAGAAGACACAUCGUCGAGAGUGAACAAAGUUAUACCAAAAACGGAAAAUAAUUCCUCAAGUUCGAGUUGCUGUAACGCCUUAACGGGCAGAAUACAAUCGUCGGAAUUAUUGAUACCAAAAACGGAGGACACGUCCUCGUGUAGAGUUAAUUCACCACCACCACCACCACCGCCACCGUCGGCGAGACAGACGUACGAUCCGUAUUUAAAUCAGGACUCAAAUUCAUCAUCGAUGUCGUCGAUGGACGCGAUGGGUUCGAGAACAAUGGGAGCGACUAUUCAUCAUCCUAGUCAGCAUCCCGCGCACCAUGUGCUGCCGAUGCAACCGACGGUGGCGUACCCGAUGCCGAUGGUGGAGGACACUAGGAUGCCUCAUCAAAUGUCGCAGAGAUCUCCCUAUGAGUCGUCGGCUAUGAUGGCAGCUGCUGCAGCGGCCGCGGCAGCAGCCACCACCACCGAGGACCUCUAUCAUCACAGAUCGGCCGAGCACGCCAGAGCUUACAUGCAUCCUUCGGGUAACAUUGCCAGGCCUGUUGUCACUUACUCGAAUGAACUGUCAACAGCCAGAGGCUAUGAGAAUGCGGUGGUGGUGAGUGCCGCUAAUCACCGACCCUACGACCCCGGUACUGCGUCCGCUUACGACAGGUACGACACCCAGUCAUGUGCGCCUAUUCAACCCCAACAGCAGCAGCAGUUGCACUCCAGGGCGAAUAUGUACUACCUAGGCCAAUCCGGAAUGACUGCCGAGGAGCAGGAGAGGGUCUAUCAACAGGAAGCAGUAGCCGCCCAGCAACAUCAAAUGGCCAUGGCUGCAGGAAUGAUGAAAACAGAAGACGGUCAGCAUACACUUUAUCAUUUCAGUCAGAAGCCUCCGCAGAGUCCACUACAUUCCAAUUCUUCUUCUCCUACAGUCAAGUGUGUCACCGUUGCUCAAGUCCAGCAGAUGCAGAAAGCCGGCGGUCCACCCACAUCGCCAGGAGGAUCGGUCAUGGACCUCUCCACUUCCAGUGUCACCUCCACUAGUCCACAGGCCCCACCGUACGGAUCCAAUAGCCUUAGUCCUCAGUAUGGAGGAGGACAGACAGUAGGAGGAAGUCCGCAAGCGGCCGCUAGUCCUCAUCUAACCGCCAGUCCACAAGUACCGAGUCCUCAAGGGCAGACCCUAGAUCUCAGCGUAAAUAGAUUGCAUAGUGGGGCGCCUAGUCCUCAGUACUCAACCGCCCAUGGCGAGGCUGUCGCAGUUCCUGUCGGUCCACCUUUUCCCGCUCCUAGACCAAUUGAGGAGCAAACUGAACCUGUUGAUUUCUCCACGGCUAAUGAACCUGUUAAUUUCAGUGGAGGUCCCGGGAUCAGGCCAGUUCCAGGGUUUCCACCACCUGGGGUGCAUGCUGCUUACAGUCGAGAGAGCACACCUGACAGUGGGGGUUCCCACUACAUGGACGCCUACAGAGAUCCGACAGGCUACGGUCCCAUGAGUCCACAUCCCGGAUAUGGAAUGACCGGCGUCCAGGCCGAGUAUCCAGGGAAUACGUACACUCCGUAUCCUGCAGCCAGUUACAAUUGUGGUGGGACCUAUCCUGGCGGUCCAGUGACUUCCGGUUAUCAAAUUCCAGCAGGAUACACUCCUGCCCCCUGCUACAGUAUGCCACCACCGCAACAUACCCUCGGUCCUUUGGACAAACCAUCCGGCAAGGACGACAGUCUCUCUGGAUGUCCGCGAGCCGAUCGAUCACAAAUUCAAGCGCAUUCGCAAGAACUUAAAUGUCCAACACCUGGUUGCGAUGGUUCUGGUCAUGUGACUGGUAAUUACUCCUCCCACAGGAGUUUAUCGGGAUGUCCGAGAGCAAAUAAGCCGAAGAGUAAACCUCGCGAUGGUCAAGAUUCCGAACCAUUGAGAUGUCCCAUCCCAGGGUGUGAUGGUUCUGGUCAUGCUACCGGAAAAUUUUUGUCUCAUCGCAGUGCAUCCGGUUGUCCAAUAGCGAAUCGACAAAAAUUGCGAGUACUGGAAUCGGGCGGUAGUGUCGAGCAGCAUAAAGCAGUGGUAGCAGCGCCUGCAAUGAAAUUCGAAGGUGUCAAUUGUCCAACACCUGGUUGCGAUGGAAUUGGUCACAUUAACGGUUCAUUUUCAACACACAGAUCACUAUCAGGAUGUCCAAUAGCAGGACAUGCGGUGAAGAAGCCUAAAUUCGAGGACAUGGCGAUGUACAGCAAAGGAAUCACCGGGAUGGAUGCCGGUGGUCCAGGUCAGGGUGGUACGAUGGGUACUGGUCAGUUGAACACAAGCGGUAGCAUAGGCACGAGUGUUCAGGGUGAAGAUCUCUACACACUGGAGGCUGAGAUAACAGAGCUCCAGAGAGAGAAUGCCCGUGUCGAGUCCCAAGUUUUGCGCCUGCGCUCUGAUAUUACCGCUAUGGAGAAUCAACUGAAGCACGGUGACAAGGAGUCUUCGAUGAUAACCCAACGCAAUAAUAAUCUCAACGACUAUUAUCAAUCACUGCGGGAGAAUAUGAUAACUCUCCUAGAACACGUACGAAUUCCGAAUACUCCAAGUGGACCACCAGAGAAAAUUGGCCACGAACAUUUCGACAGUUAUCUCACAAAAUUACAGACCCUGUGUACCGCUGAUGGAUAUUGUGCCGACGAUUCCCAACGGCCGAUAUACGAAACUGUAAAGACUGCUCUUCAAGACUUUACUGUACUACCGACGCCUAUCUGAGAGCAUCCCUAGAGCUUAUCAAAAAUGAACCCUUGGAUUGUUUGAAUUGUUCCUAAAAAAAGUCUUUUACCAACUGUGAGUAAACUAAUAUUUCAAGAGGUCGCUACUUAACCAGUCAGUAUUAAAAUUUUCUUCAAAAAUAUUAAGUUAAAACUGAAUUCUGCAAAAGAAUCAUAAGUGAAGAAAAACUUUUUUUUGAUGAAUUGUACUUUUCAUCAAACGACAUUUAUUUCUACAUGUAAAUACGCAUUUUUGACAUAUAGUUAUAACAAAUAAGUAAACCGGCUAUACGAAAUAUUGUAAAUAAAUUAGGAGAGAUAAGGCAUUUAUAUAAAUAUAAAUAUAUAUAUUAUUCAUGAAGAAAAAAAAUGUUAUACGGUUAGAUGAUAAGUUGUGUAAAAAAAGAUUUAAAAACAAUUAGCUGUAUAUCAGUCAUUGCUGCAUUGAAAAAAAAUUAUUGUGUAAUUAUAUUUACUGCUGCGGUUGCUGGUAAAACAAAAAAAAACUAUGCUUAAUCUUAUCUCAUCUAAUACAGCAACCAUACUUUUACUACCUAUUGCUAUUCGCUAUAAAAUAAGUCAUCAUCUUAUUAACGAUACAAUCCCUUUUAUAUUGAAAACAUAAAAAAAAAUUGUUCACUGUUACGAUAUUAUUAUUUAAUUUUUCACAUUAUUAUUGAACUGGAAAAUAUUGACAUAAUCGAAGAAUUAUCAUUUUUUGCACUGUUAACUUAAUAAUAUCAAAUUGCAAUAAAUUGAUACCAAAAAUAUGUGGAUCAAAUAAAAAAUUGAUCCUAAUUUUUGUCAUCAAUUUGAUACUUUCAAAAAGUAUUGUGAGUCAAUAAUUAAACUGGUGAAGUUUUUCAAAAAAUGUCAGAUUUGUUUGUGGGUAAAAAAAUAUUUUUUGUAUUUUUUUGUUGCUAUUGUUUUGCAAAAUACACACUGGCAGAAUAGUAGAAUCUUUUUUUCAAGACUUAAAAUAAAAAAUUUUACAUAUGUUGAAAAUCUAAAAAGAAAUUUAAU